AUUAUCAGUCGCGACUGAACAGGAUUUGGGCUCACCGCGAAACAACACAUUGAACACGACACCGACCCCAGAGCGGCCACACAUCGCAAGCCUUGCCCGGUUGCAGAACACAGGAGGCAUCGGUCACGAUGGUCGGCAAGAAAUCAGGGCGCGCGCUCUUGAGAGAAGAAGGGCUGGCGCGCACGGACAACAAUAUGGGCUUUUCGACGUGGCCGCAAAUCAACAUGAUCAACCAGAAAAACUACUACACUGAAUUCUUAAAGCGUGACGACCAAGUACUGGCAUUGCGAUUACAGCAAGAAGCGGCGCUGGACAGACGAAAGAAAGCGGCUGUCGACCUUGACCGAGCGCGCGCACAAAAUGGCGAGCAAGCCGGAGUCUACCCGGAUGUCGAGCCAACCUUGGAUGACGAUGUGGCCAUGGACGACAUCUACGGCGAGAAUUAUGGCGAGAAGACAAUUGUGAUCCACGUCGGCAGCCAAAACUUGCGCCUCGGACUUGCCACCGAUGCCCUGCCAAAGACCGUGCCAAUGGUAAUCGCUCGAAAAGCUGACCGCACCGAAGCAGAAGACUCUGAACCAGUGCCGAAGCGUAUCAAGCUGGACGACGAUGCGCCCUCUGAAGAGUGGUUCGGAGAAGAAUUUGCGAAAGAAUACGAUGGCAUGGCUGCACAGUUCAAGACAGCGAGACGGCACAACAAGCGCCGUGUCCUGCCCAAUUCCCGCGAGCUUGUAACCAAAUGGAACAGCACUACACCGCCAGAUGUGAUCUCCAAGCACAAUGAUCCAGUUGAAAUAGACUGGACUGAGACCAACAAUGCACCAGACUACAUUGUCGGGGCAUCAGCUCUACGAAUACCAGAGAACUCGCGACCCAAAUAUCAUCUCCACUGGCCAAUGCGUAAUGGAACUCUCAAUGAAAAGGACUACAAGAGUCGCAAUAUGCUUGAACGAGACUUCUUCCGCAUCUUGGAAGAGAGUAUCAAGACGGAACUUGGACUGGUCCAUAAGAAGGACUGGAAUCAGUAUUCCUGCGUCUUUCUCAUUCCAGAUCUUUAUGAGAAAGUGAAUGUCGCCACCGUACUCCGCGAGCUGAUGAUCGACUUCAAUUUCGGACGCGUAUGCUUCAUGCAGGAGUCACUUGCAGCAACCUUCGGAGCCGGCUUCAGUACGGCCUGUAUGGUUGAUAUGGGCGCGCAGAAGACAACAGUAUGCUGCGUCGAAGACGGCAUGUGCAUCGAAGAGUCGCGCAUCAACAUGAAGUACGGCGGUUACGAUGUGACCGAAACCUUCGUAAAGAUGAUGCUGUUCGACAAAUUCAACUACAGUGACUUCAACCUCAUGCGGCGGCACGACUUCCUGCUUGCUGAGGAGCUCAAGGAAAAGUACACGACCAUGAGCGACGAGAACAUCACAGUGCAGCUAUUUGACUUUCACCUUCGAGCAUUUGACCAGCAGACGAGGAGGUAUCAAUUCAAGAUAUACGACGAAGGGAUGCUUGCGCCAAUGGGCUUUUUCCGACCCGCCAUCUUUGACGUCUCCGAAAAGUUGGCCGGACGCAGACAACUCAUACCGGCUUCCGUGGACUUGUACGAUGGCAAGCGGAAUGACCCAGAUUCGAGGGCCCAGGAAGAUGUCCGCACCUAUGCAAAGACGAUUCCGUCUGCCAAUGUGGCGCCGUCUAGCGAGCCCGCACGUCUACUUGGGACGCCAAUUGCACAGCCUACCCCACAAAAGCAGCGGCCUCUCGGUAUUCCCAGCUAUCUCAACGGCGACAAUGAAGGCACGCCAAAGUCAUCGAUUGCCGGAUCUCCACCGCCUGCUGGCACACCAAUGCCAAAUGAUAACGACGACAACGCCAAUGGAGAAGGCUUUGGCGACAGCGCGGCCGUGCCUGAGGACGACAGCAAAGAGCGGAUCGUUCCCGUCAUGCCACUCGACGAGGCCAUUAUCAGGUCAAUUGAACGCGCAAGCGAGCUGCCAAACGGCCAGGUCGAUGAAAGGAAAAAGCGUGAUCUGCUGGGCAGUAUCAUGUUGAUCGGCGGUGCAUCGAAGACCCCAUAUUUGCAGAACUACUUGGAACUGCAGCUUCGUGGUCGUAUGCCCCAGUACCCGAAGGAGAUCCUGGUCGCUCCACCGCCAAGAGAACUGGAUCCUUCGGUGAUCGUAUGGAAAGGAGCAAGUGUCUUUGGCAAGCUGAGAGCAACCAACGACAGCUGGAUCUCACCUCUGGAGUACGACCGGUUGGGUGCGAGAAUCCUGAACUACAAGUGCAUGUUUCACUGGUGAGCGCGGCAGGUGGGAUAUUAGCGACCCUCGCCAGCCAAGUCGCACAUGGAGGACACGCUAGAAUACAUCUCAGAGUCCAUCACGAGCCUCUUCUGGGGGCUGCCAAGGCUGCCUUCCGCAAUAUUAGAACCCUCCGUCCUCUGGAAAUGACAUCUACGUGCCUGCCCAC